AUGAUUCCCUACUUAACUGUCCGACGGAGAACUUCCCGACCGCCUUUCGCGCGCAGCUUCCCCAUGCUCCGUCCCAGACUCGUCUUGAUUCUAUCCCUCGCUCUGCCAAUAGUUUCUCAGCAACAAUAUCCGUUCGACUCGGACCAUCAGGAGGGCUACGAGUUCAAAUGGCCAAUCAAGAAAGUUGCCAUUAUUGGAGCUGGCGUCAGUGGGCUGAUCGCAUACCGAGAGUUCAAUCGCGGUGAUUUCGAGACAGUUCGUGUUUUCGAACGCGACAGUGUACCUGGUGGAAACUGGCACUACACCGAAGAAACUCCUCUUGACGCUCCUAUUCCUAAUGUGGAUCCAGCCAUUGGGGAUUUCCAACCAUCAUUACCGCCAGUUGGUCGAUCUUUGCCGACGGAGGAAUACUACCUUGGGGAUGAGGCUAAUCAACGCUGGAGGGAUCAUCGUGGUCCAAAACCAUUGUGGGAGUCACUGAAGAGUAAUGCACCAUCCCCCGUUCAACAAAUCACCGAACUUCCCUGGCCACAGGGCACCCCUUGGCAAUUGCCGCACAGAUUACUAGCGCGCUAUCUUCGUGCAUUCGCCUCAUUCCAUGGCAUCAACAACAACGACGGCAACCCAGACAUUUCUUAUAACACACGGGUUGAACUAGUGGAAAGGCGACAUGACGAGGCCGGAAAUGAACACGGGUGGAGGUUAACGCUAAAACAGCUAGAAAGAAUCACCAGUCAGAAAGUCAAGGCAACUUGGUGGACGGAGGACUUCGACGCAGUUGUUGUUGCUACUGGUCGAUAUAAUGCACCUAGCCUCCCUCGCAUCAAGGGACUGAAAGAGUGGGCCACCAAGUUCCCCGGCUCGGUUUCUCAUUCGAGACAAUAUCGCCGCCCCGAAUCAUUUCACAACGAGACCAUUGUUGUUAUUGGCGCUGGGGUCAGUGAUGUCCUCUUCCUCAGUGGCGAUUUUGACUUGUCUCUUGUGCAGACGAGUGCCGUUGAAAUUGCUCGCGAGGUCAACGAACAUGCGCGCCAUGUUUAUCAGUCUAUCCGGGAAGCCAACCCCAAGCUCCCGUACGCCUUUACUCGCAUUCAGCUCAGUCGCCUCCCACCCAACAUCUCUCGGAUUCCCGAAAUCAAAGCUUUCCAUGUCAACAAUGCUUCCAUAGAGCUCGUCAACGGUACUUACUUAUAUGACGUGACUCGUGUGGUGUUUGGGACUGGAUUCCAUUACUCCUUCCCUUUCCUUCCCCAGUUCCACGAAUCUGGUGCGGUCAACAAAAACCCCAUUGUCACCGACGGGACGCAUCUUCGAGCGUUGUACGAAGAUUUCCUCUAUAUUGAGGAGCCAACUAUCGGCUUCCUUUCAAUGAACUGGGGCAUGCAGUCGUUCACAUAUGCCGAAUAUCUCUCCCUUGCUUUGGCCAAGGUCUGGUCGAAAAAGGCCGUUCUCCCUUCCACAAAAGAGCUCUGGCGAAUUUACAACAAUCGUAUACGGGAACGCGAAGGGUACGGAAGGCACUUGCAAUUCCUUGGAGCAGAACGCACGACUACACGCAUUCGCUUCUUUGUCGCAUGGCUUAACCAAGCGGCCGUUCGCUUUGGUGGAAGACAGAUUGAGGGAGAGCCCAAGGCUAACGAGGAGAUUAUGACAGUGUGGUCCAGAGCAUUAUAUGGAGUCGACAGGUUCACCUCUAGUGGGAAUACUACCACUGGCGCCAGCUUUGUUGAAGCUGCGCUCGCCACAGGGUCGGGAGAUUGGGUGUACGGCGAAGAUUGGUAG